ACGCCUUCUCCAGAACCUCGGCUCCUCCGGGCCGGCCGACCCUGCGACCGUUCGCUGCCGGAAAACAGUACGCCACCGCGGCAUUUUACGACGACGGCGGUGACAGGGCUUUGAAAAAUCCCGACUGCCUCCCCGCAGCCGGGCGAAACCCGGUGCGAUGUUCGGUGCAGGUGACGAGGACGACACAGACUUCCUCUCGCCCAGCGGCGGUGCCAGAUUGUCCUCUCUCUUUGGAUUAGAUCAGGCAGCUACUGGCCAUGGAAAUGAAUUCUUCCAGUACACAGCCCCAAAGCAGCCUAAGAAAGGCCAGGCAACAGCAGCGACAGGAAAUCAGGCAACACAGAAAACAGCACCAACUACAACAGGCAGUUCCACAGCACUGUUCGCAGCAGCGGUCCAUGCAUAUAGAUACAUAAAUAGCCAAUAUGUGAAGCAGGGCAAACUUGGUGCUGCGGUCCUGGGGAAUCACACAGCCAGAGAGUAUAGGAUUCUUCUUUAUAUCAGCCAGCAACAACCAGUUACUGUUGCAAGGAUUCACCUGAACUUUGAGCUAAUGGUUCGGCCUAAUAACUAUAGCACCUUUUAUGAUGACCAGAGACAAAACUGGUCCAUUAUGUUUGAAUCAGAAAAGGCUGCUGUGGAGUUCAAUAAACAGGUGUGCAUUGCCAAGUGUAACAGCACCUCUUCCCUGGAUGCAGUGCUCUCACAGGACCUCACUGUAGUAGAAGGCCCUUCUGUAGAAGUUGGAGAUUCUUUGGAAGUGGCAUAUACUGGCUGGCUCUUCCAGAAUCAUUCGCUAGGCCAGGUUUUCGACUCCACUGCUAACAAAGACAAGCUGCUUCGUCUGAAAUUAGGAUCAGGAAAAGUCAUCAAGGGCUGGGAGGAUGGAAUGCUGGGCAUGAAAAAAGGAGGAAAGCGGUUGCUUAUUAUCCCUCCGUCCUGUGCUGCUGGCGCUGAAGGGGUAAUAGGAUGGACUCAAGCAAAGGACUCAAUCCUGGUGUUUGAGGUGGAGGCUAGGCGGGUGAAGUUUGCCAGAGAUUCUGGCUCUGAUGGGCACAGUGUUAGUUCCCGGGAUUCCGCGGCCCCCUCUCCCACACCUAGUGCUGAUAGCCUCUCUGUUGAUCCUGCUGUGUCACCGCCCACAUCUGUGCCUUUCAAAUCAGGGGAGCCAACUCUUCGUACCAAAUCUAACUCCCUCAGUGAACAACUUACAGGAAGUCCGAAUCCUGAUACAGUCAAGGCCAAGCUGAUCUCUCGAAUGGCUAAAAUGGGCCAGCCCAUGCUGCCCAUCCUUCCACCUCAGCUGGAUUCCAAUGAUUCAGAAAUUGAAAAUGUGAACACUCUGCGAGGGGCCGGGCAGCCCACGGUGACUCCGUCCAUCCAGCCCUCUCUUCAGGCAGCCCAUCCAGUGUUACCACAGAUGACCUCACAAGCGCCUCAGCCAUCCGUUUCUGGGCUCCAAGCGCCUUCUGCUGCCUUAAUGCAAGUUGCAUCUCUCGAUUCCCAUUCAGCUGUAUCUGGAAAUGCCCAGUCCUUUCAGCCCUAUGCAGGUAUGCAAAGCUACACUUAUCCCCAGGCAUCAACUGUCACUUCCCAGCUGCAGCCUGUUCGGCCCUUGUAUCCAGCACCACUCUCUCAGUCACCCCAUUUUCAAGGAUCAGGUGACAUGGCUUCAUUUCUCAUGACUGAAGCCCGGCAGCAUAACACUGAAAUACGAAUGGCAGUCAGCAAAGUGGCUGAUAAAAUGGAUCAUCUCAUGACCAAGGUUGAAGAGUUACAGAAGCACAGUGCCGGCAAUUCCCUGUUCAUUCCCAGCAUGUCAGUUACAAUGGAGACAAGCAUGAUUAUGAGCAACAUCCAACGGAUUAUUCAGGAAAAUGAAAGAUUGAAGCAAGAGAUCCUUGAAAAGAGCAGUCGAAUAGAAGAACAGAAUGACAAGAUUAGUGAAUUAAUUGAACGAAAUCAGAGAUACGUCGAGCAGAGUAACCUGAUGAUGGAGAAGAGGAACAACUCACUUCAAACAGCUACAGAAAACACACAGGCAAGAGUUCUGCAUGCUGAGCAAGAGAAGGCCAAGGUGACAGAAGAACUAGCAGCAGCCACAGCACAGGUCUCUCAUCUGCAGCUGAAAAUGACUGUUCAACAAAAAAAAGAAACAGAGCUGCAAGUGCAGCUGACAGAAAACCUAAAGGAGAUAGACCUCCUCAGGGACCAACUCACCAAACUGCAGGCAAAGCUCUCAGAGCUCCAAGAAACUUCCGAAGAAGCACAGUCCAGAUUCAAAAGUGAAAAGCAGAACCGUAAACAACUAGAACUCAAGGUGACAUCCCUGGAGGAGGAGCUGACUGACCUUCGAGCUGAGAAGGAGUCUCUGGAAAAGAACCUCUCGGAAAGGAAAAAGAAGUCAGCUCAAGAGCGUUGUCAGGCUGAGGAAGAGAUAGAUGAAAUUCGCAAGUCAUACCAAGAGGAAUUGGACAAACUUCGACAGCUCUUGAAAAAGGCCCGAGUGUCCACAGACCAAGCCACUGCAGAGAAGCUGUCUCUAGUGCAGACUGAGCUACAGAGCCAGUGGGCAGCAAAAUGUGAACAUUUGUUGGCCUGUGCCAAGGAUGAACACUUGCAGCAGUACCAGGAGGUGUGUGCACAGAGAGAUGCCAACCAACAGAAGCUGACACAACUUCAGGAAAAGUGCUUAGCUCUCCAGUCCCAAGUCACAGCUCUGACAGAGCAAAAUGAACAGUACAUCAAGGAACUAGAGAAUAACAAGUCCCAAAUGUCCGAGAAUGAAGCCACUGCUACAGAUCCCUCAGAGAAGGUCAAGAAGAUCAUGAACCAUGUGUUCCAAUCCUUGCGGGGAGAGUUUGAGCUGGAGGAAUCUUAUAACGGCAGGACUAUUCUGGGAACCAUCAUGAAUACGAUCAAGACAGUGACUCUUCAGCUGUUAAAUCAUCAGGACCAAGAGAAGCGGGGGGAGAGCAGCAGUGAAGAAGAAGGAGGAGGAGGAGGAGGGGAGAGACUUCAGAGAACUUCCCAGGAGCAGUCAGUCUCAGCCAAUUCUGGUCUGUCUCAAGAAUCCCUGAAUAGGGAGAGGCAGGAGUCCCCCACUGUGCCAUUGGAACAGGCAGCCGAGGAAGCCAUCUCUUCACCUCCUCAGGCCCUCCCCAAUCCCCAGGAGGAUGUACAGAGAAGGAAAAGGGAGACCUCAGAAUCACAGGUGCUUUCAGAGUUAAGUGAUGAUGCCCUCCCACCUGAACUGGCUUGCAUUCCUUCCCAGAGAAUUCAGGGGCCUCCAACUCCAAUUUCACCUGAACCUCCAGGCUCUGUAACCGUGGACCCUGAGUGUGAGGAGACACUUGCUGUCAGCCUGAUGGCAGCUAAGUCAGAUGACCCAUUGAGAAAGGCCUUUGUCAGGGAAGUGGUUCCAGAUGGCCCACUGCAAGAGAGCUCCACAAGACCAUCUCUGACUUCAGACCCCAAGAAGGGGCACCCACUGGCCUUAGGGCCUGAAAGCCCAAGAGAGCCUCAGCCUCCAGAGCUCAAUAAAAAAGAGGGUCUCACUAGCUACACUGGUCCCUCUAAGGAGCUGUUGAGCACAGAGGCAGGUUCUGCAGAUCCAGCUGCAGUCCUCAGAUCCAGCCAUGGUUCUCAGCAUUGCAGUCUUUCUGGGGAUGAAGAGGAUGAUCUGUUUAAAGGGGCAACUCUGAAAGUCCCGAGGUCCAAAGAAGAUCCUGAGGAAGAGGAUGAAGAUGAGGUGAGCAUGAAGGGACGCCCGCCCCCAGCACCCCUUUUUGGAGAUGAUGAUGAUGACGAUGACACUGAGUGGCUGGGAUGAAGACCCAGGAAAAACUGAUGCCAAGGUUUCUCUCCCGGCCC